AUGAUUAAACUUAUUGUCAUUGGUUGUUUAGUUUAUUCUAUUCAAGCUCAUUUCAUUAAUUAUUAUCCUCCAACAGAAUUAGCCAUAUCUGAUGAUGAAAUCGUCAAUAGAGCAGUGACUGAAUUACACAAUAUUGAUGCCGCUACUGAUUUAAAUGAAUGUAUGACAUGUAAAACAAGAUUACAAGUAGCUAAAUUUAUUGCCUUGACAAGACCAGAUCUAGUUCCUCAGAUAUUUUCAACUUGGUGCAUUGAAUCUGGAAAUGAUGAAAUACAAUGUCAUAUGAAUUAUGGAUAUCCUAGUGAGGAUUAUUGUACUAUGGGAAAUGAUUUCACCAAAAUGGUUAGUCUAAUGAAUCCUUCAGGUUUAGAUGGUGAUUAUUUCUGUUAUUAUCAUGAUCGCAAUUGUGCAAUUUUACCUGAAACCCCACUUGUUGAUAUGAGUAGAUUGUGGCCCCCAAAACCAAAACAUUAUUUACCUCCUGAUGAUUGUGGUGAAAGUUUCCAUGUAUUGCACAUUAGUGAUAUCAACCUUCAACCAGAUUAUAAGAUGUUUGCUGAAGCUAAUUGUACCCAAAGUUUAUGUUGUUCACCUCAUUGCAGAAACUUGAAAACAUCUGCUCCUAGUAGUGAUGCAUUAAAAGAUGAUUAUUCGGGAUAUUAUGACAGUAGUUAUAGUAAGAAUCAUUUUGAAAAGGGUAGCUUUAUGGAUAUUUCUAAAAUUAAAAAACCAACUUGGAGUCCAGCAAGACAAUUUGGAGAAUAUACUUGUGAUACCCCAACUUUGCUCUUAAAUAGCACCAUGCAAUGCAUUCGUGACUUGCACCAAAACCAUCUUUCAUUUGAAUUUGCUUUAUUCACUGGUGGUACAGUUGAUCAUUCUGAUAGAAGCUUCAUGAGUAGGGAUAAAAAUAUUGAAUCACAGGAGACUAGUUAUAGGAUUUUAAAACAUUACUUGGACACAGUUGAUGUGAUUCCCACGUUUGGAACCAGGGAUAUUUUCCCCAUGAAUCAAUUGCCGCAAAAAAAUCUAACAGAAAAUUCUAAUAGUUACCAGUGGCAAUUUGAUUUCUUAGCAGACUUGUGGCUGGAAUUAGGAUGGAUAGAUCAUGAUGUUUCCAAGCAAAUCCGGUAUAAUCAAGUGGGAUAUUCCAUGAUAACUAAACGGGGAUUGAAAAUUAUUUCAUUAAACUCAAAUGUUUGGAAUGUCAAGAAUUUCUAUUCAUUCUGGGAAGUUUUAAAAAUUGAUUCAUUUGGAAUCUGGAAGUUUUUAAUACAAGAACUAUUAGAUUGUGAAAGAAAUCAUCAACGUGCAUGGAUUAUUGCCCAUUUACCUCCAAGUCAUCAAUCAUUACCAUUGCCAACAAGAGUGUUUGCCCAAAUUAUUGCUCGUUUUUCACCAAAAGUUAUUGCUGCUAUCUUCUUUGGUAGUAUUCAAGUAGAUACAUUUAUGGUACAAUAUGGAAAUGAUGGCACUGAUACAAGGGAAUUAGAGAAUUCCAUUAACCAUGCGCUUGUGGGACCACUGAUUAGUCCAUUUCUGGGAGUAAAUCCUGCUUGGAGAUAUUAUGCAAUUGAUCAACAAAGUUUCAAUGUUAUUAAUUCAUUCACAUAUUAUACUAAACUUGAAAAUACAUUUCAUAAUGAUGGUGCAGAGCCUAGUUGGGAAUUUGGAUAUUCAGCCAGGGAUGUUUAUGAUCCAGAACAGAUGUGGCCCAUGGAUUGGAGUUUAAAUACUGAAUUCUGGCAUCAUGUAAGUGAAAAGAUUAAAACAAUUCCUGAAUUUGACUUGUUGUAUCAACGAUUAGAAACCAGAUGGUUUACUGGUGGUAGAUUGAAUGAUGAUGGGUAUUGUAAAGUUACCAGUUUUACUAUGGAAGCUAAGAAACAAUGUAUGAUUACUGAUGAUCAAGAUGAUUAUGUUGAACCUAAACAAUCUAAUGAUUAUGUACCAUUUAUCCAUGUUGGAGCAGGAACAGAAUAUAUUGAAAAGGAAGUAGCAUAUCCAAAAGAAUCUAGUGGAUAUGAAUCAUCUGGUAAUGCAACCCUUAAUUUGGAAAGUGAUUUAGAUAUUGAUGACUUUGAAAGAGUAGAUGAAAGGGAGAAUAUGACUAUAAUCGAGCCACCACCUAAAAAAGUAAUAGGUAAAUCACUUGGGCUAAGAAAUAGAAAUCAAAUUCCAAUUGCUCAAUUAUGA